GAGGCGAAGAUCAGGCUGAGGACCAGGGCUGCCUGGGGCACAGAGGUGAGGUGCUUCAUGCUGGAGAGGGAGGCAUCUGUGGGCACCAGCCCUGCAGAGAUGUGCUGAGUGCCCUGUGCCAUGGGUCCUGUGGGUGCCGCGUCCUGCAGGAGCUUGAAAACCACUCUGUCAGAGUGAUUCCCGGGCAUCGGGACAUCUGAGAACUCUAGCUCCACCUGCUGACCGGAAGACACAGCAACCCCAGCUGGGGCGAGGAGCAGAAUGAGAGUUUUCAGUUCUAAUCCUCCUGCUCUGCUUUGCGAAUCCUGAGUUCAGCCUUCGGAACUUUGCCCAGAGCCUGGGAAGGAGAAGCAGCCGGGAGUGGCUAGUCGCCGCCUGCGGAACCCCGGCCGGGCUGGUCCCACCCGCCCGUCGCCCGCCGCCGCGCCCCGGGGGCUCCCUGCCAGGGGUCGGAGGAAGGAAGCCGCCGGAGAGCCGAGCCCCAGCGCCCGCUCCAGACCCCCAGCCCGGGACCUGCUCGGAUGCAGCUGGGACCAAGGCUGGGUCAAGAUGGCGUCUGUGUUUCGAAGUGAGGAGAUGUGUCUGUCACAGCUGUUCCUCCAGGUGGAGGCUGCCUAUUGCUGUGUGGCUGAGCUUGGAGAGCUUGGAUUGGUUCAGUUCAAAGAUUUAAAUGUGGCUGUGAACAGCUUCCAAAGGAAAUUUGUGAAUGAAGUCAGAAGGUGUGAGUCGCUGGAGAGAAUCCUCCGUUUUCUGGAAGAUGAGAUGCAAAAUGAGGUUGAGGUUCAAUUGCCUGAGAAGUCCCCACCGACCCCUCUGCCACGGGAAAUGAUUACCCUGGAGGAGGAAGGACUUACAGCUUCACUGAGCCGAGCCUUAUCUCUGCUGGGUGUUUUUUUUUCUUUCAAGACUGCUCUAGAAAAACUGGAAGGAGAGUUACAGGAAGCCAACCAGAACCACCAGGCUUUGAAGAAAAGCUUCCUAGAACUGACGGAACUCAAGCAUCUACUGAAGAAAACCCAGGACUUCUUCGAGACGGAAACCAAUUUAGCUGAUGAUUUCUUUAUUGAAGACACUUCGGGUCUCCUGGAGUUAAGAGCUACACCUGCAUACAUGACCGGAAAGCUGGGGUUCACGGCCGGCGUGAUAAACAGGGAGAGGAUGGCUUCCUUUGAGAGGUUGCUGUGGCGCGUUUGCCGAGGAAACAUCUACUUGAAGUUCAACGAGAUGGACAUGGUUCUCGAGGAUCCCGUCACAAAAGAAGAAAUUAAAAAGAAUAUAUUCAUCAUAUUUUACCAAGGAGAGCAACUGAGGCAGAAAAUCAAGAAGAUCUGUGAUGGGUUUCGAGCCACGGUAUACCCCUGCCCAGAGCCUGCGGUGGAGCGCAGAGAGAUGCUGGCUGGCGUCAACAUGAGGCUGGAAGAUUUAAUCACCGUCAUAACACAAACAGAGUCUCACCGUCAGCGCCUCCUGCAAGAAGCAGCUGCCAACUGGCACUCCUGGGUCGUCAAAGUGCAGAAGAUGAAGGCCGUUUACCAUAUCCUGAACAUGUGCAACAUCGACGUCACCCAGCAGUGCGUCAUCGCUGAGAUCUGGUUCCCGGUGGCGGACACCGGGCGCAUCAAGAGGGCCUUAGAGCAAGGCAUGGAACUAAGUGGCUCCUCCAUGGCCCCCAUCAUGACAGCAGUGCAAUCUAAGACAGAUCCUCCCACAUUUAACAGGACCAAUAAAUUCACAGCUGGCUUCCAGAACAUUGUAGACGCUUAUGGCGUAGGCAGUUACCGGGAAAUAAACCCAGCUCCCUAUACCAUCAUCACUUUCCCCUUCCUGUUCGCUGUGAUGUUUGGAGACUGUGGUCACGGAAUUGUGAUGCUACUGGCAGCCCUCUGGAUGGUCCUUAAUGAAAGGUACUUGCUCUCCCAGAAGACAAACAAUGAGAUUUGGAACACCUUCUUCAACGGGCGCUAUCUGAUCCUCCUUAUGGGUGUUUUCUCCAUCUACACGGGCCUGAUUUACAACGACUGCUUCUCCAAGUCUUUCAACAUCUUUGGUUCUUCUUGGAGUGUCCGACCCAUGUUCAGAAAUGGCACCUGGAAUAGACAAGUAAUGGAAACAAACCCAGUUUUACAGCUGGACCCGGCCAUUCCAGGAGUGUACUCUGGAAAUCCAUAUCCAUUUGGGAUUGAUCCGAUUUGGAACGUGGCUUCAAACAAACUAACGUUCCUGAACUCCUAUAAAAUGAAGAUGUCGGUCAUCCUGGGAAUCGUCCAGAUGGUUUUUGGCGUUAUUCUCAGCCUCUUCAAUCACAUAUACUUCAGAAAAACUCUCAACAUCAUUCUGCAAUUUAUCCCAGAGAUGAUUUUUAUCCUGUGUCUGUUUGGAUACUUGGUUUUCAUGAUCAUUUUCAAAUGGUGCCACUUUGACGUCCACAUGUCCCAGCACGCCCCAAGCAUCCUCAUCCACUUCAUCAACAUGUUUCUGUUCAACUACAAUGACCCUUCUAAUGCACCCCUCUACAAACAUCAGCAAGAAGUCCAAAGUUUCUUUGUUAUUAUGGCUUUGAUUUCUGUGCCCUGGAUGCUUCUUAUUAAGCCAUUUAUUCUUCGAGCCAAUCAUCGGAAAUCCCAGUUGCAGGCAUCCAUGGUCCAAGAAGAUGCCAACAAGGACAUGGAAGGUGGCAACUCCAACCCUUCCAUGAGCCCCGGUCAGGGGGCUUCUGCAGGGGCCCACGGGGCUAAGGACGACCAUGAAGAAGAGUUCAAUUUCGGAGACGUCUUUGUGCAUCAAGCCAUCCACACGAUCGAGUACUGCCUGGGCUGCAUUUCAAACACAGCCUCUUACCUCCGGCUCUGGGCCCUCAGCCUGGCUCAUGCACAACUGUCUGAAGUGCUCUGGACCAUGGUAAUGGACAUUGGCCUUCGCAUUCGAGGCUGGGGAGGACUCAUUGGGGUCUUUAUCAUUUUUGCCGUGUUUGCUGUCCUGACAGUGGCCAUCCUCCUGAUUAUGGAGGGCCUCUCUGCUUUCCUGCACGCCCUGCGACUGCACUGGGUGGAGUUCCAGAAUAAGUUCUACGUCGGGGCUGGUUACAAGUUCUGUCCAUUCUCCUUUAAACGCAUCCUGGAUGGGACGGCCGAGGAGUAGCUGCAGGCCCAGCAGUGCCGCUGCCUCCUGCGUUGGUCUCUGUGUCAGUGGAAGAAGUUCAGUCUUGUCUUUAACGUCAGCCUGUGCAAGGCCGUCAAUAGAACGAUUGUUCUCGGCUAAGUGGAGGCGGGAAGCUAUGUAGUAUUUAGUUAAAAGCCUUGGGAUUUGAUAUGACUUAACCAUGUCAUAGAGGGACCACAAUGGCAAGUCAUUUCAACCUCACAUGGGGUCUUAAUUAUCAAAUACUAAAGUGAUUGAGAAAUGGAGGGGGGCAGGAUGCUAAACUGAUGUUUUCUUGCAAUAUUUUAAGUAUUAUAUUGAAGAAAAUAAACUUCUGGGCCAUUCA